GUUUUUUUAUUAAACUGCGGUGAGGCGCAUGCCAAAGGUCUAUAAAAGGGGAGCCUUUGCUCUCUCUCCCCUUCCUCACCAGUUCCUCGACUCUCAAACCAUCUGCGCAACCCUCAUCGCGACUGUCAGUCGAAUCAUGAGAAUACAGAUGUGGUGGUGUCGAGGACCUCGACCGCCCGACAGCAACCGUGAUCAGAACCAGCGGCAACCAAUCGGAUCCGAUAACAAAACCUACUAUUAUGCUGCCACCUUAGUUGAGCUUGGUUGUCUCCAAGCCUUGUCACUGAACAUCCUCUGGCUUGUGACGCUGCCCAGUCGAUUCGCUCCUGGAUGCAAGAGUCUGGCUUCAAUGCCAUCAAGAGUUCCAGAUCAAGGCCUAGUAGGGACUGUGUGGUGGUGGGCAAUUAUCCGGUUAGAACCAACCGUUACGUAUUGCGUGUAUAAUUGCCUAGUAGUAGCUUAGUUGGCUUUUCCGAACCGGUUGUCGCCGGUUUAUUCCCUGGUGUAGUAGCUAGUGCCAGUUUCUGUCACCUCUACACUAACAGUGUACCAACUGCAGGCCAUGGCUCAAUAGAUCAGGCGGCUGAGUACGGAUCAGAAAUUCCAGGUUUGGCUCAUUGCAAACCAUGUUUUUGGCGCCAGAUAGAGAAGUUUGAUUUUUGGACUGUGAUGCAGAAAUGGUAUCACCUAAACUACAUUCCUACAUAGUACAAAAG